AUUAGCACCAUGCUCCUGGGGAUCCUCGUGGUGCUCUGCUUCAUCCCCACUGCUGAUGUAACAGAAAACAAGAUUUUAGUGGCUCAGCAUCCUUUGCUCAUUGUAACUAACCAAACUGCAACUCUAGUUUGCAACUAUACAUACAAUGGGACAGGGAAGGAAUUUCGAGCUUCGCUACACAAAGGAACGGACAGUUCAGUUGAAGUUUGCUUUAUUUCAUGGAACACAACCAUAAUCAGCAACAAUUCAAAUAAAGAAUUCAACUGCCAGGGGGAUCAUGAUAAAAACAAAGUCAUCUUCCAUCUUUGGAACAUGAAUGCCAACCAAACUGACAUCUACUUCUGCAAAAUUGAGGUUAUGUAUCCACCCCCAUACGUCUACAAUGAGAAGAGCAACGGGACUGUCAUUCAUGUGAAAGAGACACCUACCCAAAUACAAGAGCCUCGGUCUGCAAUUCCUUUGUGGAUUCUGGGAACAGUGACUGGAAUUCUUUCACUCUACAGUAUGCUAGUAACUGCAGUUUGUAUUAACUACUGGCAAAAAUCCAAAAAUAAGAAGUACCAUCAGAGUGACUACAUGAACAUGACUCCCCGGCACCCAAUAUACCAGAAGAACAAGGGUUACCCCUCCUAUGCACCGACGCGAGACUACACCGCCUAUCGGUCCUGGCAGCCCUGAUCCCACCUGCAGCCUCGUGUGCUUCUGGGCACCCACUUGCUCUGGGGCAUGGAAGGACAGCCUCUCAUUUUCUCAUUGUGUUUGUUGCUAGUGAUCAUGGACACCUACAGCAUAGCAAGUAUUAACUAAACUUUGAUCUACUAAAAGAAAAUCCAGACCAACAAACCAAUAUAAAAAGGCGGGAGGGGGGUGGAGGAGGGGAAGUAAAAAAAAGAUUUUUUUCUCCGUGAUGGCUGAAAAUGAGGCCCAGCUUGUGUUGGUGGUUGUCAGUGGGUAAGAUGGAAAGAUGGCAUCAGACCUCAGCGCUGGUCUCUUCCUAACAUUCGUGGUUUUGCUCAGCUGUUGGAAGAAGCACAACUUCUGAUCUUUUCCAGUAACUACUGCCUUAGAUUUAACCCUUAAUUUCCUUCCCUGUAUGUGUAAUCCUCAGAUUGUUGCUGUUAAACCUGGCAAAAUGCAAAAAAAAAAGUUUUUUCUCUACAAGACCAGGACACAGUUUGAAGUUCAGAACACAUACUUAAAAGAAAGAGGAAAAGGUCAGUCAGAAGUCAUCCAAGCUAUUAGCCUAUGGAACAAAUGAUUUGCCAGGACAAACUAAGCUGAAAGAAAACUAGAAAACCUUCAACACCUGAGUCCUUAGGCUGGACACUUUGUAAAUGUUCAUAAGGCCAUCUGCAGUAAUGACCAAGCAACUCCAUGGACUGAAAAAGCAAGCAACCUGAAGACAAAAUUAAGACAAGCUGGGGAGGAAGAAAGAUCUGUCUUCGUCAUGAACAACCCCAUUUUUUAGUUUGCCUUCUGCAUCAAGGGAACGCAAAGUCAUAUAUGAAGCAUUAGAAGACAGAGAGCUCAGAUUUUGAGAAGAUGUUUACUUUUUAAAUUUGAGAAUUCAGAAAGCAUUCUCCUGAGUCCUCCUGAAAAUUUAUGCACAUCUUCUGGCACCUAGGUUGUACCAGAGCUCUUUAAAAAAUCUGGGUCGACUUAUGAACAACUAAAGACCACUUGAAUUUCUUUUCCCAUAAGUGUCCAGUUUUUGGGGGGUGAGGGGAUUCUUCAUUCCCAGCAUUGUAAAUUGGACCUGCAAGUUCUCAAACAUCUGCAGGAUCUGUUCUGGGCACUUCGAGGAACUUUGUGUUAUCUGGAAGUUACUUUUCUCUCUAAAAAUGUUCUUCAGCACUGCUCCAUGCCAGAGUUUGAAAAAGUCUAGCAAAACAUGAUCCAUUCUUUCAACCAAGUAUAUUUACAAUAACAGGACAUCCUAAAUUGUAAUUGAGGUUGCUUUGGGAUAAAAUCCCUUUUCACACUGAGGAGACAAUGUUCAUUUUAUAAAGACUGCUGAAUAAAAAAUUAAAAUACCCCCCCCCAUUCCCACCUUGAAAUAAAACUUGGAUUGUACAACAUUUAAUUUCCUUCAAACUGGGAUAAGAAGAUUUUCUCUCUUUGAGGAGACAGAACAAAAGUAGAGAUG